GGUGGCCAGACCUACCGAUUUAUCGGUAGUCCUACCGAUUUUGGUCUUCCCUACCGAUUCCCAGACGACCAAGGCAAAACUACCGAUAUUUUGUUAUUCCUACCGAAAACUACCGAUUUUUAUUGAUUUUGGGCACAUCCUACUCAACAUUCAUUUUUUGGGUUGGAUUUGGUCAGAGAUCUGUAUUGUCAGUAUUUUACAAUUCUAUGUCAAUACUACGUUUUUGGGACAACAACCCGGCCUACCGAUAACUACCGAUAAACUUUUAGUGACCCUACCGAUAUUAAGGAAUUCUAUCUGGCCACCCUGCUCUCAAGCCAAAAACGUCAAAAGGCAACAACAACUACGAUUAUGGUGGAAGAAAGCGUACCUGUUGUAAAAGUGAAGACUAAAACUAACGAGGUGUAUUAUAAAGCUCGUCCAAAGCCUGUAUACUUAUGGACAGUAACCGACACUCAAAAGUGGCUUCGAAGACACUGCAGCGAACGAUGUGGGAAAUAUACUGAUCUCUUCCAGAGGCAUGAAAUUACUGGACGGGCCUUAUUAAGAAUAACGGAUUAUUCGCUAAAUCGAAUGGGAAUUGCAGAUGAAAAAGAUCGAGAGGAUAUUUUACGUGAAAUGAUCAAACAGCGGCUCAAAACUGAUAUCAUGGAAAUUCGUGAUAUGGAACUGAUGAACAAUGUGUACGAAAACUGUUAUUAGAAAUAUAGCGCUUGAUUUAUUCUAAUAUUUAGCGGUGCUUAAACUAUUAUCUAGAUGAACUCAAAUUAAUUAGUUAAAUAGGACAAUAAAUUACUAACGAUAAAUUAAAUUAAAAAUCUACAAGGAAUGUAAACUAAA